UUAGUUGACACUGUUGACUUGUCCAUCUCAUUCCUUUCAAUCCCGCUAAUCUCGCCUCCCUUUUCAUCCUUCUUCCAAAUUUCUCCUCGCUUUUCUAUUUAAUGUUCAAAGGCUCACUCUUCUCCCCCACUGUUCUUUCACCUCACUAUGUCUCCCUUCUUCCUCCUCUUGCUCUUUCUCCCAAUUUCUUCAACUUAUUCUUUUCCUUUUGACACCAGCUUCCACAUUGAUUGCGGUAGCGCGUACUCCACCGUCGAUCCUUUUAACACGACAUGGACUGCUGAUCGCUACUACACGGGUGGGGCCGCUGCUGUUGUCUCCGAGCCGUUACACUUCCGUUUUCCUCACGAGAAGACUCUCCGUUACUUUCCUGUCUCCUCCGGCAAAAAGAACUGCUACAUAAUACCCAAUUUGCCGUCUGGCCGUUACUACAUCCGUGCAUUUACCGUUUACGACAACUAUGAUGGGAAAUCUCACUCUCCUAGCUUCGACGUUUCUGUCGAAGGCACUUCAGUCUUUUCCUGGCGCUCACCCUGGGCCAAGGAUUUAGCUCGUGAUGGAGCUUACUCCGAUCUCUUCGCGUUCGUUAAAGACGGCGAACUUGAUUUCUGCUUUUACAGUUUUGCCACUGACCCUCCCGUCAUUGGCUCACUUGAAAUUCAACAAAUCGAUCCGGCGUCUUACGGCGCCACUAACAUCGGUAACAACCACAUUUUAGUCAACUACGGUCGAUUAUCCUGCGGGUCAAACCAGUGGUGGCGGGGGUUCACUGAUGACCCCGAUGAUUUCGGACGCUCAUGGCAAUCCGACGCCGGAUUCCAAUCACAAAAUACGAAAAACUCAGUCAAGUCUGUCUCUACUAGAGAAAAAAUUACUAACGCUAGUGAACCACCGAAUUACUUCCCCAUGAAACUGUAUCAAACAGCAAUCACAUCAAGCGGAGUUAUCGAAUACGAAUUGUUGGUGGAUGCGAAACUUGAUUAUUUGCUAUGGUUUCAUUUCGCGGAGAUUGAUUCGAGCGUUACUAAGGCUGAGCAGAGAGUUUUUGAUGUGAUGGUGAAUGACAAGAACGUGAGUCGAGUUGAUAUAGUGAAGCAGGUGGGCACUCUCGCCGCGUGUAGUAUGUAUUACGUGGCCAAGAACUUGAGCAGUACUAGACUGAGUGUGAAGCUGGUGCCUGUUGUUGGUGCGGUGCUCAUCAGUGGGCUUGAGAAUUACGCGAUUGUCCCCGCUGAUCUCUCAACCAUGACUGAGCAAGUGGUUGCCAUGAGAGCAUUGAAAGAGUCACUUCGUGUUCCCGACAGAAUGGGUUGGAAUGGUGAUCCUUGUGCUCCUACAAAUUGGGAUGCUUGGGAGGGAAUUACGUGUCGACCCAACAAGGCUAGAACUGUCCUUGUCAUAUCACAAAUAGAUCUUGGAAGUCAAGGCUUGAAAGGGACUAUUAGUGACAAGAUAAGUCUCUUGUCAAACCUGGUAACCCUGAACUUGAGCUCUAAUUCUUUGGGAGGUGCUUUACCAGCAGGGUUGGGUCAAGAAUCUCUUGCACGACUGGAUUUGUCAAAUAAUCUGUUCACAGGAUCUAUACCAAGUAGUCUAACUUCUUCAACGCUGCAGCUUGUGCUAUUGAAUAAUAACUUACUGGAAGGGCAAGUUCCAGAGGAACUUUACUCAAUUGCCGUGCAUGGUGGAGAAAUUGACCUCUCUGGUAACAAAGGUUUGUGUGGUGUAUCUUAUUUGCCACCGUGCCCUUUAUUUUGGGAAAAUGGUGGCUUAUCUAAAGGUGUUAAAGUAGCAAUAGGACUAUCGUGCCUUGUAAUUCUUUGUGUGCUUCUGCUGAUCGCAUACACAUGCUACAUCAGGCGGAGAAGGAAUGAUUAUGACUUUGGUCUACCACAAGAUCUGAUGUCACUUGCAGCAAAGAGAAACAGAUAUCUAAGGCAGAAGUCAUUGAUGCUCCUUGAAAUGGAAAGCCAACAUGCGAAAGGACUGCCAUCUCUUCCUCUAAAUCCACUCUAAAGAUCAGACCGAAAAAGUAUAGUAUUAAAUGUUGACAGUGUGUCACUCACCAACAGAACACAGAGAAGAGGUGCCGAAAAUGAUUGAUUGUACUAACUACUAAAUGCUCGGGUGAGCUGUAUUGCUGCUUUCCAAACAAGGAGGUUCACUGGUUUGGCUUGGUUCAAUGAUUCAACCAAACUGGGGUCUUCUGAGAGCCACAAAAUCUGAAGAAUACAAUGCAUCUCACUUUCUAUCCUUAUCAACAAAACCAUGAGUCCUCUCCCCUGUAUUAUAUUACCAUUUUGCGGCAUUCUUCCAUGAUUAUAUUAUAUAUGUUGUAAUUUCAUACUUCAAAUGCAUAUAAUUGCCACCACAUAUUUAUAUCAUCUGGUCCCUCCCGCCUUCAAUUUUUAUUCAUAAUCAGUUUUAGCAAAGCUGUUUCAAUUAUACUUUCUUUUUUUCUGUAAAUGGAUAAUAUAUUAUUGUUUUGCUAACGAUUUGCUUGUUCUGUUCCAAGGGACAAGACAUUUGAUUGUUA